GCUAGCAAAGAGCAGCAGUAAUAGUAGCAACUACCACAACAGUUCAAAUCACGAUGCUGUCGAACUCUUUCAAAGUAAGUUGAACUGCCUAGAUCAAGUGUUUCAGCAAGUUAGGAUUUACUUUCUGAGCUUGAGUACUAACUAGUUUUCCACGAAAUGUUGAUAUACCCAGACAGGUUUUGCCAUUUCCUCUACAACAUUAAUGUACAUGGCCAAUUCCUGCCAAAAUGUCAAGUGUGAGGGGCCAAAAAGAUCAUUUUACAAUGAAGAAACCCAGGUCGCUGCGGCAGUCGGCACCCCAAGUGAGCCACAGGUUCCGAAACUAGUCCAAGAAGAGCUAACUGCAGAGUCUUUUCUAGAGUCCAAACUGAAAGUUGCUAGAGAGGAGCUUCUCAAGUACUUUGACCUUUCCAAACAAAUAUACAUUGAGAAAUCAGAGGAAUAUUUUGACACCGAAAGAAAAGUGACGUCAACGUUAAGCUCGUUGCACAACAAGAGAGAAGAGCUCUUUCCAAAUGCUUUAUAUGUUCUUACCGGCGGACUUUUUGGUUCAGUGCUUGCAAGAAAGAGAAACAUUUUUUUGAAGCUUGUCUCACCUCUUGCAUGCGGUCUUCUAUCUUUCAAGCUUUUCUUCCCUUACACUUUUGGCAACGUCUUUGGAUACCUAGACAAAGCCGAAAGAGACAAUUUGCCCGACGUCUAUACAACGCAGACCGACCUGAUUAACAAAGCUGAAGACUUGGUGAAGAAGACUUCUGAAUCUUCUGAAGCAGGCGUGAAGGAGAUUUCGAGUUUUUUCGAGAAGACCAAAAGUACGAUUGCAGAGUACACUGGUCUUAAUGUCGACCAAAUAAUCUCAGAGAAGAAAAAAUAGAGCCCCUCUCUGCUGCAUAAACGCAAUGUUUUGCAAGGCAAUGGCCUAAAACCUAUAAUUUAUAUCACGAUUCAUUUCUUUAUACUUAUAUAAUGUCUUCAUGGCAAAAUCUUUCCAAUACUUAUUAGUUAUAUGACAGUUAAGCGCAUACACAUUUGC